AUGGAGAACAAGGACGGUCCUGAUGACUUCGCAGAGCAGAGUCAUGAUGACUUCGCUAUUACAGUCGUGCUGUUUGCAGCACUGAGGCGGCAGCGGAAAAAAGAGCCUUUGAUUAUUUCGAAAGAAGACAUCAGAGACAACAUUGUCAGUUAUAAUGAUGAAGGUGGUGGAGAGGAAGACACCCAGGCGUUUGAUAUCGGCACGCUGAGGAAUCCCGAAGCCAUAGACGAUAAUAAAUUACGCAGAGACAUUGUGCCCGAAACACUUUUUAUGCCACGGCGGACUGCAACAGUGCGAGAUAACACAGAUGUCAGAGAUUUCAUUAACCAAAGGUUAAAGGAAAAUGACAUAGAUCCAACGGCACCCCCGUAUGACUCAUUAGCAACCUACGCGUACGAAGGUAAUGGUUCCAUGGCAGAGUCCCUCAGCUCCUUGGAGUCGGUGACUACGGACGGAGAUCAGGACUACGAUUACCUUAGUGACUGGGGGCCUCGGUUUAAAAAGCUGGCAGAUAUGUAUGGCGCAAUGGACAGUGACAAAGACUCUUAAUAUGUUGCCUUUCUUUUUCUUUCUUUUUUUUUUUCCCUUUCUCAUUUUCAGAAACAGCAUUGAAAUAUGUGAAGUGGCUAAUUCUUUCUAUUUCUCCACAGCUGUGUGAAAGGGUUCUCUAUUCUACCCAUUCCAAUUGUCUAAUGACUGCAGUCUAUGUGGGUAGGCCAUCAGAAAACUUUUUCUAGCAUCAUUUUAUCAGCUUCCAAGAGGCAAAGUUCUUAUUUUUCAGUGCAUCCAGUUUACCAAGUCAAUCUUACAGUCACAGC